AUGUCGUUAGAUCCACUCGACGAAACAACUUUACCCGUCAGAUCGGCGUCGAUGCAAGCUCAGAACAUCAAUACACAGUCACACACACUCAAUGGGUCCCAAAUAGGGGCAGUAUAUCCGAUUCCCCCGAUGAACAGUCCGAAAAGAGACCCGCAGGUGCCUUCACGGAGGCACAGACGGGGCGGGAAUGAGCUGCUGAGACCAUUCACCUGUAGAUAUAAGGGCUGCACCAACCGUUACCAAGCCUGGCGAAGUCUGCAGUACCAUAUGUCCAGUAAGCACCUAAUCAAGACAAAAUUAGUGCGGAACAGAAUUGCUGUCUUGGAUGCAAACGGCGCGGAUCUGUCCCGGUUCGACCUCGAUGUCAACUAUGAUUUCACCGACCGGGACGGGGGUGGGGCCGCCAACGGCGGUACCGAACUUCCUCCUGGAGGGCAAGUGAAUAAGCGGUCACAGACCCCAUCAGAUACUGAGCUGGAGAUCUGGCAUGAAGCCAGAAAGAUGCUGCAGGCCACCACCAAUCUAAGUACACUAAAGGAGGGGGUAGCUGUCAGACCCGACUUUGACUAUAAGGAGAACAAGGUUCACUCGUCCAACGGGCAACCUGAUAAAGACAUGUACGGCAAUGCAUGUGAAAGAUCGAAUUCGCAGCCGCAGGGUGAACACGGGUUGGUCCGCGGGAUAAGUCAGUCCCAUGACGAGUCCCAGUCAGUGCCUAACAGUGCGGGCCUGGACCGGAGCUUAACUGCGGAGGACAUGUAUGCAAGCGAGCGGGAGGGGAUCUACGGUGACAGUGGCGACGGUCCGUCUCAGUCGCACACUAGUGCUAACUUUAACGCUAGCACUGCGAGGCCUUCAAACGGUGAAGGUGCUCGAGGGCCAGGAUCAAGAUCAGGCUCAGGCUCCUUCUUAGGCUCAAGCCCAAGGCCUAGGACAGCGAGCGCGGGGUGGGGUAAGAGCGCCCACAAUGUGGGUAUGGUAGCUAUUACGGAUGAUACUGCACUCGUAUCAGCCGGUAAGGUAGGAGGACAUUCGCGAAGGCACAGUACGAACGGGGUCUUGGUCUCCGACUUGCCGUCACAGCCGCUUCCGAAUGUGCAGUCAUAUGGGGGCAGCCACACGCACCAGCUGGGACGCAACCAAGCCAUACAGCACCAGUAUAAUGCGGGUAUGCCAGAACCCACCUUUCACGGGCAGAUGGAAAGCAGUGCGAAUCAGGGCUCGGAUGGGCUUCUAGAGUCGGUGUUGCAGUCGAAUAUGAACGCUGGGGUGAAGGCUGAAAUGGGACAAAGCAUGGUCUCAGGUGUGGAGGCGCAAACUUCCAUGAUGUCUGAGAGUAUGGAUACGAAUAGACUGGGUUUUGGUAACUAUGGCGAAGAUCUGGAUAACUACUAUGCCAGACUGUUUGGUUCUGGUAUGCCGGGUGCUGGGUUGGAUCCGAUGCAGAUGGCGUCGAACGACUCCCCGUCGGGAUUGGAUCUAUAUCUGGCGAAUAGUAUGGGCUGCAUCAGUGAAGGGGAGACAUAUAAUAUCGGUACUAUGGUACAAGAUGGGAUGGGUAUAGGCUGUAUGCGAUCCACCUCGUCGCGGCCCGUCAACACGAUAUCGGAAGUGCAAGAGGACCAUUCAGCUGAUAAUAGUCUGAUGCGGCGAUGGUCGGGGGGUCAGCCGUUCCUGUCAAACAUCAAUGGCCUGUCGUCUGAUGUGGCCGGUAUUACAUCGCCGGUCUGGUUCCAGUCCAUGCAGAACUCGCAGCAAACCGGCACCGAUCAGAACCCACCGAACCACAGCCACAACUCACAUAAUCGUCAACAACAACAACUUCAACACAACACCUUUAACAACCAUCAACAGCAGCAGCAACUAGAACAGCAGCAACAAAUACAGCAGCAACAGGGGCAGCAACGCCACGGAAUGGAGCAACACCCGGCCCUGUCCAUGGCGACAGGGGCGGUGGUUAACAGUGGAUCAUUGCGGCAUAGCACGCAAGGGGUGUUCAAGUUCCCAACGAGUUCGUAUACUUUUCAGAAUAGUGGGAAUAUGACGGACAUGUCGACGUCAGGUGGCUCUGGGUCUGGGGCUACGAUGGAGGAUUCGACGGGGGGUGGUGCUGCGUGGCUGAAUAGUAAUGUAACGUCGACUAAUGCGUUAUACACAGCUAUGGAAGAGGUGGUGAAUGGGAAAGGAGACAAAGUUACGUAA